AUGGACUGGUCUCGCCUUAAAGGCCUUGGAGGUCCUGCUUCUCUGAAAACUUCCGACCCGCUGGCACUGGCUGGUCCAGACUCUUUCUAUGCUGUCUCCAAGAUAUGCGGCGAGGCCAUGGGCUACCUCUAUGCUCGCGUGCACAGAUCCUUCGAGUUCGUGGCACUUCGAAUAGGCUGGUGCCUCUACGACUGUCCCACCGACCUAGCUGGCAAUGAAUGUGAGGCUUACCUGCGGUCGACAUUUCUCUCCAAACGAGACUUCCGAGGCUUUCUCCGGGGAGCGCUUAGAUGCGAUCUGGCAAAGCACAGAGGCUUCUUGGUUGCUUACGCAGUAAGCCGAAACGGGCUUCGCAUGUUUGACUUGGAGGACACGGUGGAAGCUUUGGGGUACGAUCCAGUUGAUGACGCGGAAGACUACUACAGCAGCGCCCCACUGCGGCCGCUGCCACGCACGCGCUCCGGACCACCUCUGCUGGUCAUGGCAGCAGCAUCGGUUGUGGUAGCUGCGCUCUGGCGACGUUACCGCUGA